CUCUCACUUCUGUUUCAUUUGGUUUGUGCCUCGCGUAGAAUGCAGUCGUCUUUAGCUUGGAUUACUUUGUUCAUUUUGGUCCUAAGCCACCAGAGUACUGCCCAGUUUCUGGUGGAACCCUGUGGAACUCUAUUCGGUAACAGUGACACUAAUGUAGGACCACUUGGUGUUCCAUGGAUGGCAGCGAUAAGUAAUUCCACGCAUUUUUUGUGCGGCGGCACCCUGAUUCACAGAAGUUUUGUUUUAACUGCUGCUCAUUGCAUAAUGCAGCGAGGAACUCUAUUCGUGAAGUUGAGAGCACACAUUAAAACGCAGUAUACUGCCACCCAUGCUCUUCUGCACCGAGCGUUCUCCAAAUCAAAUCUCCGGAAUGAUAUAGGCCUGCUUAAACUGUCGAGCAGCGUUGUCUUCGAUGACCGCACUUAUCCCAUCUGCAUCGAUUUGGGUAAGGGAACUAAGGAUCACAUUGAGGCUAAGGGGACGUUCAAAUCCAUUGGCUGGAAGGCAAAAAAAACAGGAUUGGAACUCGAUGAAGUGGAAGCUGUCGCCGUUAACCAAAUGAAUCAAACCGAAUGCCAAAAGCCAAAAAAUACGAUCUGCGGGGCUUUAUCAUACGCGUGCUUGAGUGCAAACGAUUCUGGCAAUCCGUUGACCAACAACAUCUUCUUUAAUUGCACAUCCGAUCGCGAAGUGCAGUUCGGGAUCACAAGCUACGGAACGUUAAAUGGCGAUGAACCGGUCAUUUUCACCGAUGUGACAAAAUAUGUGGAUUGGAUUAGGGAAACAAUUAAUAUAUUUUAUGAGGAGGACACUUCUGUGAAUACUGUAAGAGCAGAAAAACCAAAUUUGCCAUGUGAAGAUUCAGUGACCCAAAGUCCCAAGACGCCUCCGACUCAGAUGGUUCAGGAGAUGUGGUUGUACAGAGACUGCGGUGGUGACACCAUAAGAUCGCACUUGUUGGCAUUCAUUUACGAAACUAAUUUCCAGGCCAACGGUGUGUUUGUUACUGACAGAUUUGUCAUUACAAUUGCCAGGGAUUUACCGGAAAACGUAUAUUUGGCUCCAAUGGCAUUGAACAGAACUGUAUACACUUCCUUACAAGUUGACUCGAUCGUCAGGCAUCCGAGGUAUUUAGAGGACAACCAAAAUAAUUUAGCAUUGCUCAAACUAAAAGGACCGGUGACCAUUGGCGAUUUGAAACCAAUGUGUGUGCUCACUAUGAAAAUGUUCCAGCAAGAGGCAGAAUCUACUCCUCCUUUUACUUUAUUUGACGUUGGGGAAACUGGUGAAAGCAUUAGUAUUUAUGAACAUGACGUGGAACUCGUUAACCUCGGCGAAUGUUCAUCCAGAAUACGAGGGACCACCGGACAGAAUCAACUCUGUAUCGUAGAUUCUCCCGCGACUAAUAAGACAUUUGGAAAACGAGGUGACUUCUUGGGCAAGAGGAUGAUGUAUUUGGGAAAGGAGUGGCUUAACCUGUUUGGUAUUGUCAGUUAUUCAACUAAUGGUUUCCAUGUUCUGACAAAUAUUAUGAGAUAUACAGAGUGGAUGACUCAGGUUGUUACGGUUAAUUAGCUAAUGGGUUUUAUUAAUUUUAUAUUGCGAGUUUUCUUCAAUGAAUAAUUGGGUUUUAAUAAAUAAUCCGAAACUUUUGGCCAAAACA